GACAAAACAAGGUGAACACCCAAGAAAUAUACCUACUCAGAUCAAUGCUCCUGUAUACCAAGAGCCUAAUUUAAUUGCGUUUAUAUAGCAGAAACCUCUUCAUUAUUGACAAAAAUUAUAUUUGAAAUGAAAAGUACUAACGUAUCAAAAGAUUUCGGAUUUACGUGUAUUUUUUUGCUAUUGGUUAUAUGUACUUGUGAAACUGACUCAGAUGACAAAAACAUAAACAAACUUCUUAAUAAUCAAGUUAUUGUCAGCAGACAAAUCAUGUGCGUUUUGGAAAAAAGCCCUUGUGAUCAACUUGGUAGGCAGUUGAAAGCUGCUCUCCCGGAAGUUAUUUUGCGAAACUGUCGUAAUUGUUCACCCCAACAAGCUCAAAAUGCUCAAAAAUUAACAAAUUUUUUACAAGCAAGAUAUCCGGAUGUUUGGGCAAUGCUUCUCAAGAAAUAUCAGAAUAUAUAAAGCAUAAUUCUUACAAUAAAAUAUUACAUUCAUGAUAUAACAAAAUCAUUUUGAUGUUGUUGUUGUUGUAUAUUUGCCAUGUAUAUUGUAUUCAUGUCAUGUAUGCAGCAGCCGUACAAAAUAAAUAAUCUUUCUGAAUAUGA